AAUUAGAUUAUCAAGAUAAUAGUUUUAAAUCUUUUCAUUAUUAUCCUCUAGUACUUAGAAUAAUAGUAUCUAAAAAACAACUUCUUUGUAGAUAUUCUACUAAAAAAAUUCCUUCUUUAGCUAAUUGUAAUUUAUAUGAUACUACUUUAAAAGAUGAAUAUCAAGCAGAAGUUUUUAUUUGUAGAUAUAGAUAUUAUAUAAUAUAUUAUAAUCUUAUAGAAAGAAAAUGUAAAUAUUGUUAUGAAAAUUAUGAAAGCAAAAUUAAAUAUAAUAUAAAAUCUUUUAUAAAUAGAUUAGAAAAAAGAGCUAAUAUAUUAACUAAUAAAGAUAUAGAUAUAGAUAAUAAUAAUAAAGAUAGCAAUAAUAGUACUGAUGAAAUUGAAGAUUUAAAUUUAAUAUUAA